AUAAACAUUUUUGGAUAAAAGUAUUAUCUGAAUAAUUGAUUGAAAAACUUAUACUAGUAUGCGAAUAUCCUAACUAUUUCAUAAUCUUUUUCAGCUCUACUAACAUUCAGAUUUCUGAAGGUAAUGAAAGUACAGAUUUUGUAAAAGAAAAUUAUAUCAAUUGUAUUACAUCUUCAUGCCCAGAAGAGACUAUUCUUCUACCUAGAUUUUAUUCAUUAACUGAAAAACCAAUAUCAUCUUCUAUGAACAGUUCAACUGAUAAUCAUUAUCAUAAUCCAUACUGUGAAAUUCAAUCAACAGAUCAUCAACUGAACUCAACUAUAAACAAUAUAUCUUAUUUGAAUACAUCCAAUUAUUCUGUGAAUAUUAUUCCUAGUAUAAAACAUUCAGAUAUGACAUCUAUAGUACAUACUAAUUCAUGGACUUUAGAUACAAGAGAUUCAUUGAUUUCUUCGCCUCCAACACUUCCAUCUUUAUCAUUACCCUAUAAUAAUGAAUCAUCUUUACAUCCUAUUUUUCUAAUGACAUCCAACUUAAACUAUUCGCCAACAAUGAAUCAACAUUCUAUUAAUUCUAGUAGUACAACUGUAUUAAUUCCACCAGUAAUUUUUGAUACAUCAAAUAGUCAAAAUAUCUUAUAUAAUCCUUGUAGUCCAUCUACGAAUACCUCAUUUUUACUUAAUACUAAUAAUAAUAUUAUCCCAGAUAUCUCUAUUAUACCAUUCAAUGAGAAUCAUUUUCAACAAGAGAACCAUCAACAACAGGAAGAAUAAAUGUAAACUUAUUGAUUAUUUGUGAAAGUAUAAAUGGCAUAUGCGCGUAAUGAAAACAUAUUUACUUCUACUUAUUACAUUAGGUAUACCGAUUAUUUUUCUUCUGAUUAUUCAACGAUACUUUUCCAACUGAUUGUUAAAGACAUACAUGUUUGAAUGUAUUCUUCUUUUGGCUAUAAUACUUACCGGUAUCUUUCAGUGUGUAUAGCAUAAAAAAUAAUGAAGACCAUAGUAAUUAUUAAGAUAAAAACAAAGUGUUUAUUGUACAGUGGAGUUUUCUAAUAAAAAUAUUAAUGAUAUAAGCUGA